GAAGCUGGUCGACGUCACACGUUGUUUACGACCGGCAGUCAAACAACCCUUUACCUCCAUAGCUUUAUGUGUUUACAUACUUAAAGUUACAUCAUAGUUACAGCAGUAUCACUGAGCGUAUGUGGGAACCAAAAUGAAAUAAAAACAGCCAUGUUCUCUUCAGUAAUGCCAUAGAAGAAGGAGACAUUACUGAGUCUCCUCCACCAAGGAGGAAAAGUCUCCACAAAAAUGGCAACUGAACUUCAUGAGACGAUAUUCAUGGCUAAGCAGGAGCGCCACAAAAACCUGUUUUUAAACUACAGAAACCUGAAUAUUUUCCCUGUGGAGUUGCUAAAAGAUGAAGGUCUGCAGUUUCUGGAAAGACUCUACAUGAAGAGGAAUUCACUCACUACACUGCCUGACAAUCUUGCUCAGAAGCUCCCAAAUCUAAUUGAACUGUAUUUGCACUCAAACAACAUAGUCAUUAUUCCUGAAGCCAUUGGAAACCUGGCCAGGCUUCAAUCGUUAGACCUGAGCAAUAACGCCCUCCAGUUCCUCUGUCCAGAGAUUGGCCGACUGAGGUCACUGCGGCACCUGAGACUGUCCAACAACCAGCUUAAAUGUCUUCCUCCAGAGAUUGGUGAUCUACAGGAGCUGGAGACUCUGGACGUGUCGAUGAACCAGCUGAUGUCUCUGCCGUAUCGACUUCAUCGCUGUCUGUCCCUGCAGAAUCUGACAGCGGACCACAACCUGCUGAGCCACGUCCCCCGUCAGCUCUGCUGGCUCCACCGCCUCAACCAGCUCUCCAUGGCGGCCAACCAGCUGACCUUUCUACCGCUCGAUCUGGGCAGGUCACGAGAGCUGCAGUUUGUGUUUGUGGACAACAACGUGAACCUAAAAGGCCUCCCCUCCUACUUGUAUAACAAGGUCAUCGGCUGCAGCGGGUGUGGUGUGUCGUCACGUGUGUUGGAGAGCGACAGGGGCGAGGCACUGAGUCAGGCUCUGGUCGGGUUGCCACCUGAAGUGAAAGUGGUCGGCUCAGAGGCGGACAGCGUGGUUCCACUGGAGGAGCUUGCCAUGAGGACUCUGCACCGCAUCUACCACCACUGCCCCACAGACCUGAAUCUGCUGCCUCCCAUCACCCUCCCGAAGAGUCUGCUGGACCUGCUGCAGUUCCCGCUGGGCCACUGUCAUCGCUGCAGCCAAGCCAUGUUCACCACCAUGUACCCCAAACUCUUCCCCCUCCGUGACACCGCCCUGGCAGGAGUGCACCGCAGGACGACUGUAAGUUUUGUGGCCUAUUGCUGCUCCAGUCACUGCCUCCGGACUUUUGACCUCCAGGGCUGACGCCUCUUUCUGCUUUCGCCCUGAGAACAUUGUUUUCCAUGGUGGCAGAUAGCGAUUUAUCAUUUGUGUGGAUCUCGAAGGUUUGUGCGGCAACAGUGCUGGAGCUCUGCGUUUGCUUAACAAUACCGAGAAUCACAGAGAUAUAUUGUCUGUGGUUGUUUGGCUCAGAGGAUGGACACAGGGUUUGUUCAGCAACGUUUGCUGACAAAAACCCAAACCCUACAUGGUUCCUCUGUCAGGAGUCAAACCAACUUGGACAAUUGUAUCCCUGUGUGUGCAUUCAUGAGUCAACAUAAUAACUGCUAUUAAAAAGUUAGGAGUUUUAGACUUAAAGUAAGUACAAACCCCUUCUCGCUAGUAGGCGCUUUUUAACGAACAAGCAUUGUUAAAACAUUAGUGAAAUCACUACGUUUUCACGUGGAGGUAUUAACACUUGUGAUGUGAAUGCAAUUCAUUUUACUGAUUACUGAAGACCGUUUGAAGGGUUAUAACUAAAACGCGCGUCUAUGUAAUGUGUGUCAUUUGCAGCAGCAGCAGAGAAGAACACUAACAGAAGCCACAUGUCUUUGAGCAGGAUACACGAGUCUCACAGGACGUCACAUACAUGUCAACAUGAUAUACUCAAUGAGUCAUUGUUGUGAGUUUAUUUCUGAAAUCUUGAAGCUUAAGUAACUGAGCCGAGGAUUAUGUAUAAGAAUUGUAUCUGCUUGCAUUGUCUUUUAAAACAGGUGUCCAAAAUGAACGGUUUUUGUUUUUAAUUUCCAUUAUCAGAAUUAAACAUCUGCCGGGACCCCUGUCAUUGUCCAAAGAAUUUGUUUGUUUGUUUGUUUGUUCACUUCAGAGGCACUGUGUGCUUCUCUUGUAGGACGGACGCUUGCGUGUUAAUGUUCAUUACUGUGUUGUACAGUCGUAAGUUAUGAUUGUGUUGCAUUCCACAGUAAAUGUUGACUGAUGUGUGA